AUGUGUGGACUUAAUUGCAUGCCUGUAAUCAGACGAACCUCUGGCACGGAAGUCACGACUGCUUCUUUCGAGGAAAUCCGAAGCGGAACAAAUGCUGGACAAUGGAACAACAAAAGGCUUGCCCAAUUUGUGAUCAACAAAAGCUCAAAUCAAUCAAGAUCAAAAAAUGCUGCCGACCUCGACUGUCAUCAUUUCGUUCGCAGAUGUGCUGUCCUACGUCGCUGCUCCGGAAAGGAACAUUAUAAAUGGACUUCUCACAAUCACUCCAGUUUCUGCAACAUUAAAAUUGCAAGACUUCCGUGA